UCCUACAGGUUCUCAUGUGGAGUGGUGUAAGCAGCUGAUAGCAGCCACCAUCUCCAGCCAGAUAUCAUCCGUAACCCCAGACACUGCAUCCAGAGACUUCAAGGUUGGGAGAAGGACAGAUCUCCCAAGGGUAAGGUUAACCAUAGCAGCAGCAGUGUUGCUUGUGUGUGUGCGCUUACACGCUCUAUGUACCCUGGGUCGAGUGAUUUGGGUAGUCUUCCAUAUGCUGAGUCUUUUCUAUAGCAACUGACGUAGUCAUGCAAUGUCAUUCUCUUUGCAAAGGCCACAGUCAACCUUUUGUCUGUCGCUCUCUUUGCACCAUUCAGAAAGCAUUAUUUUAGUCAUUUUAGUUUCUGAAUUGAUGUUAUAGCUUUUGUGUUCAGCGGGUCAAUGCUUCUCUCGCCGUCUGCUGCAGCUUUGCCUUCCGGUGAUACAACAAUGUUCAGGGGUCUUCUAGGCCUAUCCUUUAGCUCUGUGUGUUUUGUGUAUGUGAGUGUUAACCCGGAGAGUGUGUGUGUGUAGUAACUUGGUGUGUGCGGUUGUCUGUAACCAACAGGUGUCCAAGAGGCCUGUUCUCAGGGUAAGAUUUGAAGACUGGUGGCGUCCACCCAACAGCCUUUUUAACAUUCCUAGGUUACCUUAGUACUUGACAACCUGUCAAGGAGUGUGUAAACUACAGCGCAGUGUGUUUCUUUGUGAUUACCUAUAUAUCGUUUAUUUGUGAUGUUCAUAGAACCCUGGUUUCGUCAGUAGCCUCCGGUAGCCACUAGAUAUGGUUGUAAUAAACAGAGCAGUUUCUGUUUACUUCCUACAAAUGUGGCUCUAUCAUUUCUAAAUCAAACUGGGGGGAAAAUAAUAGAAUCAAUAACCAGGUUUCCAUCCAACCUUUUUAUUAGAGUAAGGUAAAUGCCGGAUAAAAAAUGUCAUGACAGGCCUGAUGGAAACAGCAAAUUUGUCGCUUAACUUUCCAAAUGUCAACAAAAUAUUUUUGUGUCGGUAAAAUGUAUUAUGUGUGGAAUCACCUUCAUGCGCAAAUAUUGAUAUAAUAACCAUCAUAUCGAAGUGAACUUGGAGUCACAUGAUAAUGUGUUGUGGUCCUCCCACUACGACUCGUGAAAGCGUGCAGUUUAUUAAGGCUGCAGAUGAAAUAAGUUACUUCCCCGGGUGGUGAAAGUGCACAGUGAUGAGCUUGAUGCUCCUUUCCAAUAACUAUAGAGGGUUUUAUUCUGGUGACAUGAUGAUAGAUGCUUGACUGCCGUUUGACAAAUAAAAAUAAUCUCGCUCUUUUGUCCAUAAUAAUCUUAUCGUGAAGUAGGCUAUACCCACACUGUGUCUGUGAGCUGUUGGCUAGAGCACACGUGGCAAUACCAGAGGACACACUCUCGCUGUAUAACGCAACAAUUUGUGUGGCAAAACCAUCAGUGGAAUUUAGUGGGCUCCCGAGUGGCGCAGCAGUCUAAGGCACUGCAUCUCAAUGCUAGAGGCGGCACUACAGACCUUGGUUUGAUUCCAGGCUGUAUCACAACCGGCUGCGAUUGGGAGUCCCAUAGGGCGGUGCACAAUUGGCCCAGCGUCCUCCGGGGUAGGGUUUGGCCGGGGUAGGCCGUCAUUGUAAAUAAGAAUUUGUUCUUAACUGAUUUGCCUAGUUAAACAAGUCAAUUUGAUGAAAGCACCUCUCUGGUGGGAAAAUGUACAUAUUGCUUUAUGCAGAUUUUGGAUGGAAACCAGGCUAAUGAUGAUGUUAUUUUAUACACAGAAGAUCCUACAAACCCAUUAACUGAUGAUCUUCUCAACUUCUCUAUACCAUUUCUGAUGCAUUUGUCAUUUCCAACCAUACUUCCUACAUAUUGGAAUGCUGUCAAAAGUACUGUCAGACUGAUUUGCAAUAUACUAAACAUUAGCCGUUGAUUACAUCACCUUUUUUUCCCAUAGCGAGGUUGUGGCUUUGCUCCCUUCUUCACUUCCUUUUAGAACUCUACUGACUAACUAUUCUAAUUUCUCCACAGUGCUUCACGUCCGUGACCUCAAAGACCCUUUUAUCAACCUCUCUGCCACUUCUGCAUUCUCUCUUUCUCUCACGUUCUCUCUCUCAUUUUCUCUUUCCUCAUUAUCUCUCUUGUUCUCUCACGAUAACUUGCAACUGUAAGAUAAUUAACUCUUCCCUUCGCUCUCUCUUUCUCUGCUUCCACGCUUGCCUUGCCUCCCAUCUUGGUCCAGGACUUUAUGGAAAGGGGACAUUGUUACCAAGGCGAUAGUGACUCUGCGCUUCCCCCCCACGCUUUGGCAAGUUUCGCUCUCUGUCCAUCACUCCCUCCAUCCCUCUCUCCUGCCCCUUCGGCCACCCCUGUUCCUUAUCUACUGCUGCCCCUUUCCCUAUUCCUCUGCCUCUUUCGCUCUCUCUCUUUUCCCCCCGCUCUCUCCAUUCCUUCUCUUCCACCUACAACCUUCGUUUCAUUCUCCUUCUGCCUCCCCCUCUCUUUGGCUGUGUAGCUGUAGCUCGGACAGUGAGAAAUGGUUCUGCUUAGAACCCGAUGUUCUGUUGAGAGUUCUAGAUCUCUGAGAUGGCUCUAUGGUUCUAUGUUCUAGGCUCUCAGAGACGGAACCAAGCAGGUCCAGAUGGACGAAGUUCCACUGGUUCCGGGAGAGACCAUCAAGGCUCCAAGGAUGUGAUGUACAUCUGUCCCUUCACUGGCUUGGUGACAGGAACCCUCACCAGCACUGACUAUAAACUAUACUUUAUCAGCCUGGAGAGGGAUACUCCCUUCAUCCUGGAUGUGAACCUGGGUGCGAUCAGUCGUCUCGAGACCAUCAGUGUCCAGAGUCAUGGAGAGAACACACAGGGCAUGGAGAUAGUCUGUAAGGACAUGCGUAGUCCCCGGUUUGCCUAUAAGAAGGAGGACGCCAGCCAACCAGAGAUAGUGGAGGUUCUAACAAAACACACCUUCCCCCUAUCAAAUGGCCUGCCCUUGUUUGCCUUCCUGUAUAAGGAGAAGUUUCUUGUGGACGGAUGGAAGGUGUACGAUCCCAUAUCUGAGUACAAGAGACAGGGUCUUCCCAACGAGAGUUGGGCCAUCAGUAAGAUGAACAGUAGUUAUGAGGUGUGUGACACCUACCCUGCCCUGCUGGUCAUCCCCACUAGCAUCAAGGACGAUGACCUCAAACGAGUUGUGGCCUUCAGGGCCAGGCACCGCAUACCGGUAUUGUCAUGGAUCCACCCGGAGAGCCAGGCCACUAUAGUCCGUAGCAGUCAGCCUUUAGUGGGACCCUCUGACCGGCGCUGUAAGGAGGACGAAAGAUACCUCCAGACCAUCAUGGAUGCUAACGCACAGUCUCACAAACUCACCAUAUUUGACGCCCGACAGAGCAGCGUGGCAGACAACAACAAGGCUAAGGAUGGUGGUUAUGAGAGUGAGAGUUUCUAUCCCAACGUGGAACUCAACUUCCUGGAGAUCCCCAACAUCCACGUAAUGAGGGAGUCACUGAGGAAACUGAAAGAAGUGGUCUACCCUAGUACAGAUGAGGCUCACUGGCACUCUGCAGUCGACCAGACACACUGGCUAGAGUACAUGCGGGUUCUCCUUGCGGGUGCAGUGCGUAUAGCUGACAAGCUGGAGUCUGGUAAAACCUCUGUGGUGGUCCACUGUAGUGAUGGGUGGGACCGGACAGCCCAGCUCACCUCUCUGGCCAUGCUGAUGCUGGACAGCCACUACCGCACCCUCAGGGGCUUCCAGGUACUGCUGGAGAAGGAGUGGAUCAGCUUCGGACACAAGUUCGCCGCGCGUGUGGGCCAUGGGGAUGAGAACCAUGCCAACUCGGAGAGAUCACCUCUCUUCAUCCAAUUUAUAGACUGUGUCUGGCAGAUGACCCGACAGUUCCCUGCAGCAUUUGAGUUCAAUGAGUUGUUCCUAAUCACCAUUCUGGACCACCUCUACAGCUGCCUCUUUGGUACGUUCCUCUACAACAGCGAACAGGAGAGAGUCGUCAAUGAAGUCCAGACCAAGACAGUCUCUUUAUGGUCCUACAUCAACAGUCAACCAGAGGACUUCACCAACCCGUUCUAUGUGGACUAUGAGCACCACGUCCUGUACCCACUGGCUAGUGUUCGACACCUGGAGCUGUGGACCGGGUAUUACGUGCGAUGGAACCCCCGUAUGAGGCCGCAGAUGCCAGUGCACCAGAACCUGAAGGAGUUGUUGUUCCUGAAAGCUGAGUUACAGAGGAAGGUUGAAGAGUUACAGAGAGAAGCAUCUUCAUCACACGGCUCUCUUUCCUCUUCAUCAGAACACACAUCAUCACCCUCACACAGCGGGGGCACGCCCCUACACACCACCGUCUGAAUACACACACAUACCCCUACCAACACAUUUGUCUUUGUAUUCCCCUAUUUUUCCACAAGUGUUUUUAUCAUAGAGAAAAUAAGUACACACUUGUAACAAAGUUUCGUUCUUGGUUGUAUUCAAAUAAGAGAAAAGAUAUAGGGUAAUGUAAUUGUUGAAAGAAAUAUUACAGUAUUGAGAGAAAUGCACCAUAAUAUUUUGUUGAACGUUGAAAGUGUAAAUAUAAAUAGAUGUAACUAAUAUAUUUAUACCUACCAAAAGUAUACUCUUUACAAAUGACAACAAUUUCUAAUUGAAUUGAAUUCAUAUUUCUAAACUAUCAAUAGCACUUCUUAACUGCCACAUUCCAGUAAACAUGUAUUAUCAACUCAAUGGCAGCCUAUUCCCUAUAGGUCCCGGUCAAAAGUAGUGCACUAUGACGGGAAUAGGGUGCCAUUUGGAGUGUAGACUGAAUAAGAUCUCUAUCUCUCUGAACUAACUUAACCUGAUCCAGCUGUGCCAUAACUAUUCCUCUGUAAUAUAAUGUGCCCCCCCUCUUCCUGUCCGUCCGUUUAAUGUGGAGGUUUACCUUUUUGUGUAUGUUGUGUUCCUAUCAACACGUUCCAUUGAAAGUCUCUGUGCACGUGUUUUUUUUACGUCAUUUUUUUCCUAUUCAAUGUGUGUUUAAUUUCUAUGCAAUGGUGAUAUCCAUAUGAUCUGUAUUAUAUCUUGUAUUCUUGUUAUCUUUGGUAUUCCUUUGUGACUUUUCUUUCGUUGUGCUGACUUUUCUUUCAUUGUGGUGACGCCAAAUCCUUAUUUUAGGUUACCAUUUACACCGAGAUGCUCUCCUUGCCCUCUGCCGACGUUAAUCAAUGGUAAUGUGGUCUGAGCUCAUAUCCCCUUUGUGGCUUUGAAGACACACUUCAGCAAUACUGACAUCCUGUGAUACCAAUAUCCUUUUCCUUGAGGAUUAGAUAAAUGAUAUUGAAGUCUAACUAACCUUAAUGUCUUCGAUAUUGUGUAUGGUUCCUACUGUAUAUGGUGGUUGUAACUGUUUCUAGUUUCAUGUGAUUGGUUAUAACCACUGUUUCCUGUGUCAAGUUUAUGUUCUCAUUACUGUGCUGCAACUUCAUUGAUCUUUUCUGUGGUAAAUGUGAUUAUUUUCCAAUUAUUGUAACCUAUUGUUUUUCUCUUAGUUAUUUUUGGGGGGUUGACAUGGUCAAAUAACUCAAGAAUAGAUUGGUAACAAAUGUUCUAAUUUGGCACACAAAACCUAGAGGCCAUGAGUAACUUAAUAAAUAAAACUUGUCACCAACUG